GCAUCGCCAUUUGCGCCCCCCCUUCUCUCUCUAAAAAUAGAUCUUAAAUUAAAAGGGCAAUACUGUCGCCACCUUCAGUGCUGGUUUCGCAACACAGUCCCAUAUUUCGAUAUAUAAGAAAUUAAUCCAUGGAGAGGAGGGUGGAAGGUGGUGGUGAGAGUAAUGGAGGGGGAGAUGAAGGAGGGAUGGGGAGGACGAUGAGUAUGAAGAGAAGAGCAGAGAUAGAUACCAGAGCUCCCUUCCAAUCUGUGAAGGAAGCUGUUCUGCUGUUCGGCGAGCGAGUUCUGGCCGGAGAGCUCUAUCCCAACAACAAGAAGCACCACCACCACCAUCUCCUCAUCAGACAGAUGCGAGGAGGAGCAAAUGGUGAAAAUGGGCAUGCAGACCCUUCCAAGCUGGGAACGGUAACAGCAGAGCUAGAACAGACAAAGCAAAGGCUGGAGAAGGCAAGAGAAGAAGGCGUGCUAAUGGCCAACUCCCUCUCCUCCGUCAAAGAAGAGCUUGAGCGCACGAAGCAAGAGCUCGAACUCCUCAAGCAAAGGGACUCCCAAAACCAGCAGCAGCCCAUCACUGAGCCAUCCCUGAUCGAGCAAGAAGACCUCAAGUUCGACGUCGUGGAGGACUCGACAAAGUUCGUGCUGAAAACGCAAACGGCGGCAUCAAAAACGACGGACGACGUCGAAGAUCAGCUGCGCACGGAGUUUCAGAAGAAGAGGUGUGUGAGCUUUGCCAAUCCUCCGUCCCUAACUCGAGUCAUGGUCCCCCUGGGAGGCGGCGGCGAUGGCGAUGGAGUGGUGCUCGAGAGGAGCACUUCCCUCAAGAAGAAGAAAAAGAAGCUCCCAAACAUCCCCUUAAUAGGGGCCAUUUUUUCCAAGAAAAAAUGAAAUUAACUAAGCUGGUUCAUAAAUUAACAUCAUGAAGUAGUGCACCAAAAAUAUUUAAAGAAAUGGUACCUUUACAUAAAAUUUGAAACUCAUUCACCAUGAGAUAGACUCCUCUUACUUGGUGAUCGAGUUUCAAAUUUAAUAUGAAAAGAAUCGUUUCUUACAAGUUUUUCUCGUGUUGUAGAGAAUUGAAAAUAAAUUUUCAGUUAAAUAAUAAUUACACUUCUUGAUCAAAGAAUACUUAAAUUUCUUUUUCUUCUCGGUAUCAUCCUUUUUAUCUUCUAAAAUUAUUUGUAUUCUAGUCAAACAUGUCACAGUUGGUUGGGAAUGUAAUAAAAUGUAAUGGAAUCAGAACCAUAUAUGGAUACGUAUUUUUGUCAAAUAAA